AUGCUGGGGGGUAUCAGUAGCAGCGGGCAGCAGGCAUUCCCCCAGUGCUGGUCCUCCUGGCCUCUGGGGGUGACCAGUGGUGGUGGGCAGCAGGCGUUCCCCAGUGCUGGUCCUACUGGCCUCAAGGGGGCAGUCAGUGGCAACAGGCGCUCCCUAGUGAUGGUUCUCCUGGCUUCUAGGGGGCUGUCGUCCUCCUGGGGUGGCGGCCUAGUAGCUGUGGGCAGCAGGCGUUCCCUGGUGCUAGUCCUCCUGGGGGUGGUGGAGCCCCUGCGCACUGGAGCCAUCAGGGUGGGCUUUCAAGACGGGCGAAUGUACUGGAUGCGCACAGAACUGCUGAUAGUUAGAGCAACCGGUCACUACAACAUGAUAUUCCUGAAAAGGCAGACUUGUGCAGGGAACUGUGGAUCAAAACUAGAAACAUGUUCUUGCCACCCAACUUGCAUCUCUCUUAAAAACUGCUGUUCAAACUAUAGGGAGUAUUGUGUGGAAAUCUCUCCAUAUUCUGGAUCAAUUUUUGGCGGUACAGAUUUUGUUGUUGUGGACGCAAGUUUCAAUCAGAGUUCUCAAAUUGUAUGCAGGUUCAAUGAUGACAUCAGGACUGUGGGAUAUGUGGAUGAGAGUGGCAGAGCCCAUUGUAUCUCUCCCUUACUGUAUGAAACAGGAUGGGUUCCUCUCCAGAUAUCUUCAGAUAAUGGCACAACAUUUAGCAGAACUGGAGAAUGGCUGUCAGUGCAUACUGGCAAGUUAGAUCCUCAAUUUAAGGCAACUUUAUUGAAUGCAACAAAAUGGCAGUAUUAUGGCACACCUAAUGUUGGAGGCUCCCUUGAAAUGACGUGGAACACCUCUUUAAUAAGAGCGACAAAGGUCAAUAUAGAGCUCUGGGGAUACAGGGAGUCAGGUGAAUCCUACACACAACACUGGCAGGCCAAGUGGGAAUAUCUUUACUCCCUUGCAAGGGAUCAGCUAAAUAAUGGCACAUUCAGUUUUUUGCCCAAACCAGCAGAGAAUGGGUUUUCAGAGUGGGAGCUUGGCUGUAUACGUAUCAGCUCCAGCACUUACCCUGAUGGCAUGUGGAAUGUACAAGCUGUGUGGAGUGAAGACCAUGCUCUCGCUUGGCACCUAGAGGAGCAGUUCAGGCAGGACUCAGCAGCUUGGGCUCUGGAGAAGUGCCAGGCAUGGGACCAACUGGAGAGUCGACUGCCUAAUUUCCUCAGUGAAGUCAUAGACUGUCCAUGCACUCUGUCCCAAGCAAGAGCAGACACAGGGAGGUUUCAUACUGAUUAUGGCUGUGACAUAGAAAAAGGGAGUGUGUGUACCUACCACCCAGGAAGUGUCCACUGUGUGAGGGCUAUACAUGCAAGCCCUAGGUAUGGGGCAGGGCAACAGUGCUGUUAUGACCGGACAGGCGCCCAGGUCUUGACAGCAGAUUCAAUUGGUGGGAGCACUCCAGACAGAGCACAUGACUGGGGCUCGCCUCCAUAUAAGAAGCCCCCCAGAGUUCCUGGAGAAUCUCAUUGGGUCUAUGAUGUUCUCAGCUUCUACUACUGCUGCCUAUGGUCUGAUAACUGUCACUUCUACUUCAAACAUCGGCCCUCCACCGGCUGCAGGAAAUACCUGUCACCUAAACCAGCUGUGGUUUUUGGAGACCCCCAUUUCAUAACUUUCGAUGGUGUCAGUUACUCGUUCAAUGGCAAGGGAGAAUACAGUCUGGUGACUUCGAUGAGCAAGGAGCUGACAGUCCAGGGUAGAACGGAGCCAUUGACAUUAUUAAACGGAACCAAAGUGAAAGCAGCCAAGCUGUCAGCUGUUGCCAUGAGAGAGGGGUCAUCUGAUAUCAUUGAGGUGCGACUCGGCAGCAGUCAGGACUACCUUGAAGUGUUGCGGAAUCACAAAACCCUCUUUUUUACCGAGCAAAGCUGGAUGGACUUAAAAGGUGUGUUUGUGUUUUCUCCCAGCCAUAAAAAUGUGACUGUGAUGUUCCCCACUGGUGCUGGUGUGGAGGUGCGACUCAGGGAGGGAACAAUGAUGACAACUGUGCUCCUGCCAGAGCAGUUCAAUGGGUCCACUCUUGGGUUAUUAGGAAUAAUGAAUGGUCGUAUCGAAGACGAUCUUGUCGCCAGUGAUGGUCAGCCUGUAUCCAACCAAAGUAAUCCACAGGAGCUGUUCAGAUUUGGUGGAAGCUGGGCUAUAUCCAAUGAGUCUUCGUUGUUCACAUAUGACUCAGAAUAUCUUUUGGACACAUAUUUGCAUGCUCCAAAACAUGAUCCCGAUUUUGUUCCAGUAUUUUCUGUCCCUGAUAAUCCAGAUGACCCCCUGGCCAACCAGGCCUCUGUGAUAUGCUCUGGAGAGGGCUCUCUUUUUUGUAGGUAUGAUAUCCUUGUGGGUCGUAGCUCAAAGCUGGGAAAUGCAACUAGAGUGUCUUUUCAGAGUCAUGUUUCUCUUGUGGAGGAUCUAAAGCCAGUAGUGUCCUGUGGCUGGCUUUCACCGCCGCAGAAUGGAAAGAAGGAAGGAACCACGUAUCUACAAGGGGCGAUGGUGAGGCUGUCUUGUAAUGAUGGGUACAUCCUUCAAGGAUCAGAGGAGCGUAUGUGCCAGAAGAAUGGCCAGUGGUCAGGAAUAACCACCAGCUGUGAGGCUGCCGGUAAUGUCACAGGAAUUGUGGUCGGUUCAGUGAUUGGAGGUCUGACAUUGAUCAUAAUGAUAACAGCAAUCAUACUCCAUUCCAGAAAACAGAAAAGAAAAGCUACACAGCCUGAUGGAAAUGAAGCAGGUGAAGCCCUCUGAACUGGUGUUGUGCUCCGUGCUCAUCCAGCAGAGAAUGUUGGGUCAUAAACUGACCUGUCCAACAAAUGAUCCCCCUCUAUCUAGCUUCACUGUUGUA